AUGGGUGAUACGAAUGGACAAGUAGUAGCUGGUGGCAAUGGCGAAGGAAAUCGAUUGGAUCAAUUGUAUCGACCAAUCGGUGUAUUGAUCGACAAAGGCACGGAUAGUCUUAUUAUUUGUGACUGGAGCAAUCAACGAGUCGUACAAUGGCCUCGUCGUAGUGUAACACAUAUUGAUUAUCAAUUAUUAAUUGAUUCAUUGGAUAAAUUACGUGAAAUAGCAAAAAAAAAAUUAAAUGAACAAAGUAGAAAAACGGAAAAACAUUUAUCAAUGGUUAAUAUUGUUCAUAUUAUUGAUAAUUGUCGAUCAGAGUUUCUUGCUUCACAUCAUGAUUAUAUAAAAAAAUUUCAAGUUAUUGAACUUCAACAAGAAUUAACAACAAUACAACUACAUUUAACUCGUUUUCUUUUCUCCGAUUGUCUUGAAUAUAUGUGA